GAUGCGUCAAAACAAACGUUUUCGCAGUGCUGUUCGAGGAAAAUUCUAUUUCGCGGAAAGGUAAAUUUGAUUUUCCAAUACAUUUUUGCAUGCUGCGCUGGUAGAAAGAGUGAAAAACCAUGGCUGACGCAGCGGCACGCCAGCUGCAGUACGAGUACAAAGCGAAUUCGAAUUUGGUCCUGCAAGCGGAUGUCCGCUUGAUCGAACGACCACGCAGGGAUGAAGCUACCGGUGAGGUGCUUUCCCUGGUCGGGAAGCUGGAGGGAACGCGGAUGGGUGAUCGUGCCCAGCGGACCAAACCGGAGAAGACGGAAGAGCGGAAGGCGAAGCGUCAGAAGCGUGAUGAAGCGCAGUACGAUUUCAACAGUAUGAAAGGAGCCACUCUGCUGUCGGAAGGAAUAGACGAGAUGGUAGGGAUCGUUUAUCGACCGAAGACGCAGGAAACCCGACAGACGUACGAGGUGCUUCUUAGUUUUAUCCAGGAAGCAAUCGGGGAUCAGCCGAGAGAUAUCCUGUGUGGUGCGGCCGAUGAGAUUUUGACCGUGCUGAAGAACGAUAAAAUGAAGGAUCGCGAGCGGAAGCGGGAGAUCGAUGGCCUCCUGGGAACGGUGGCCGAUGAGAGGUUUGCCCUGUUGGUUAAUUUGGGCAAGAAGAUCACCGACUUCGGAUCGGAUGCCAGCAGUGCGAUCGGAGUGGGUGGGGAGGAACAAAUUGACGAUACGUACGGGAUUAACGUGCAGUUUGAAGAGUCGGAAGAGGAGAGCGACGAAGAUAAGUACGGAGAAAUUCGCGAUGAAGACAUGCCGGACGAGGGUGAAGAGGCCAGGGAUGAUGGAAUUUUGCACGCUGAGAAUCUUGGUGGCAACGAGGAAGGCAAGAAGGAGAAAGCUCUGGAUCCACGGGACAUCGAUGCCCAUUGGUUGCAGCGUUGUCUUCGCAAGUACUACAACGAUUCGAUGAUGUCGCAGGCCAAGGCAGGGGAAGUGUUGACUGUACUCAAGGACGUCGGAGACGAUCGGGAGUGCGAGAAUCAGCUGGUUCUCUUGCUGGGCUACGAUUGUUUCGAUUUCAUUAAACAGCUGAAGAAAAAUCGGCAUAUGAUCCUGUACUGUACGAUGUUGGCGUCUUCGCAGAGUGAAAGCGAGCGGGUUAAGAUACGGGAGAAGAUGAAGGGAGAUUCCUAUUUGGCAAAGAUUCUGAGACAACUGGAUACUGGCAAACAGGAGGUGGACGACUACGAGAGCGAAAGGUCGAAGAUGCAACGCAGAAGGAAGGAGCAGGAUGAUGACAACAUGGAGGGGAUUGGAGGACAGAUUCCGGGCAGCAGGACCGUACUGGAGUUGGAUGAGCUGGCUUUCACGCAGGGAUCUCACCUGAUGGCAAACAAGCGCUGUCAGCUGCCGGAUGGUAGUUUCAGGAAACAACGAAAAGGAUACGAAGAAGUGCACGUUCCAGCCUUGAAACCGAAAGCAUUCGACGAGGAAGAGGAACUGAUGGUAAUCGAUAAGCUGCCCAAGUAUGUCCAACCGGUAUUUGCCGGAUUCAAAACGUUGAAUCGAAUCCAGAGUCGGUUGUACAAAGCGGCCCUGGAGAGCGAUGAAAACUUGCUGCUUUGUGCCCCCACGGGUGCUGGUAAGACCAACGUGGCGCUGCUAACGAUGAUGCGGGAGAUCGGAAAGCACAUCAACGACGACGGAACGAUCAACGUGGAUGAGUUCAAGAUUAUCUACAUUGCUCCGAUGCGUUCCUUGGUACAGGAAAUGGUGGGCAACUUCGGUAAGCGUCUGGCAACGUACAACCUUACGGUUUCGGAGUUGACUGGAGAUCAUCAGCUAAGUCGGGAGCAGAUAGCUGCUACUCAGGUCAUCGUAUGCACUCCAGAAAAGUGGGAUAUCAUCACCAGAAAGGGAGGUGAAAAGACCUACACUCAGCUGGUACGGUUGGUGAUCAUCGAUGAAAUCCAUCUGCUUCACGACGAACGUGGUCCGGUUCUGGAAUCCCUUGUCGCCAGAACCAUUCGGAACAUUGAAACUACCCAGGAGGACGUCAGAUUGGUGGGACUGUCUGCCACGUUGCCAAAUUACCACGACGUAGCGACUUUCCUCCGCGUUCGCCCGGAAACUGGGCUAUUCUACUUCGAUAACAGUUUCCGGCCAGUAGCUCUGGAGCAGCAGUACAUCGGAGUCACGGAGAAAAAAGCCCUCAAGCGGUUCCAAGUGAUGAACGACAUCGUCUACGAGAAGGUCAUGGAACAUGCCGGCAAGAACCAAGUUCUUGUGUUUGUCCAUUCCAGGAAGGAGACGGGAAAAACUGCUCGCGCCAUUCGGGACAUGUGUCUGGAGAAGGAUACGCUGGGAAAUUUCCUUCGCGAAGGUUCGGCUAGCAUGGAGGUGUUGAGAUCGGAAGCCGACCAGGUCAAGAAUGCCGAACUCAAGGAUCUACUCCCGUACGGUUUCGCCAUCCAUCAUGCCGGUAUGACCCGCGUAGACCGAACCCUGGUAGAAGAUCUGUUCGCCGAUCGUCACAUCCAGGUGCUCGUCUCGACGGCUACCCUAGCCUGGGGUGUCAACUUACCGGCCCAUACCGUUAUCAUCAAGGGAACUCAAAUCUACAACCCGGAGAAAGGUCGCUGGGUUGAACUGAGCGCGCUGGACGUCCUCCAGAUGCUUGGUCGUGCCGGUCGUCCUCAAUACGAUACCAAGGGCGAAGGCAUCCUUAUCACCAACCACAGCGAACUGCAGUACUACCUAUCACUCCUGAACCAACAACUGCCGAUCGAAUCGCAACUGGUCUCCAAGAUGCCCGACAUGCUGAACGCCGAGAUAGUCCUCGGAACGAUUCAAAACGUCAAGGAUGCCGUAACUUGGCUCGGAUACACCUACCUGUACAUCCGAAUGCUCCGCCAGCCCACUCUCUACGGAGUCUCGUACGAUGCCAUCAAGGAAGAUCCCCUGCUGGAACAAUUCCGUGCCGAUUUGAUCCAUACGGCUGCGCUGCAUCUCGAAAAAAGCGGUCUAAUUAAGUACGAUCGCAAAAGUGGUCACUUCCAGGUGACGGAAAUCGGCCGAAUCGCUUCCCACUACUACUGCACCCACGAAACCAUGCUGACCUACAACCAACUGCUGAAACCCACACUCAGCGAGAUCGAACUGUUCCGUGUGUUUUCGCUGUCCGGUGAGUUCCGCAACAUCACGGUCCGUGAGGAAGAGAAGCUGGAACUACAGAAGCUGAUGGAGCGCGUGCCAAUUCCGAUCAAGGAAAGCAUGGAGGAACCCAGCGCAAAAGUCAACGUCCUGCUGCAAGCGUACAUCUCGCAGCUGAAGUUAGAAGGAUUCGCCCUUAUGGCCGAUAUGGUUUACGUAACGCAAUCUGCUGCCCGUUUGCUACGAGCGAUCUUUGAGAUCGUCCUCCACCGGGAGUGGGCCCAACUGGCAGACAAAUGCCUAACGCUGUGCAAGAUGAUCGACCGACGAAUGUGGCAGAGUAUGUCCCCGUUGCGACAGUUCCGCAAAAUGCCCGAAGAGAUCGUUAAGAAGAUCGAGAAGAAGAACUUCCCCUGGGAACGGUUGUACGAUCUGGAGGCAAACGAAAUAGGAGAGUUGAUCCGUGUUCCCAAGUUGGGCAAAACGAUCUACAAGUACGUGCAUCAGUUCCCAAAGCUGGAACUGUCGACCCACAUUCAACCGAUCACGCGAUCCACGCUGCGGGUUGAACUGACGAUCACCCCGGAUUUCCAGUGGGAUGAGAAGAUCCACGGUCAAUCGGAAGCGUUCUGGAUUCUGGUGGAGGACGUCGACUCGGAAGUAAUCCUUCAUCACGAGUACUUCCUGCUGAAGGCCAAGUACUGCCAGGACGAUCACUUGGUCAAGUUCUUUGUACCGGUCUUCGAACCGUUACCACCGCAGUACUUUUUGAGGAUCGUUUCCGAUCGGUGGAUCGGAUCCGAAACGCAACUGCCGGUUUCGUUCCGUCAUCUGAUUCUACCGGAGAAGAAUCUCCCGCCGACGGAGCUUCUCGAUUUGCAACCCCUUCCCAUCAGUGCCCUUCGGGAGCCAAACUUUGAGCAGCUGUAUGUGGACAAGUUCCCGCAGUUUAAUCCUAUUCAAACCCAGGUGUUUAAUGCCGUGUACAACAGUGAAGACAAUGUGUUUGUGGGAGCUCCCACCGGAUCGGGAAAAACGACGAUCGCGGAAUUUGCAGUUUUAAGAAUGUUGCAGCAGAAUCCUCACGGAAGGGUUGCCUACCUUGUAUCGAGAGAUUCCCUCGCGGAGCUGGUCUUCAUGGACUGGCACCAGAAGUUUGGGCAGCAUUUGGGAUGCAAGGUCGUCAAACUGACCGGUGAAACCGGUACGGAUUUGAAACUGAUUGCAAAGGGCCAGAUCAUCGUAACGACUGCGGAUAAGUGGGAUAUCCUGUCGCGUCGUUGGAAGCAGAGGAAGAACGUCCAGAACAUUCAGCUGUUUAUCGUGGAUGAAUUGCAGUUGAUCGGAGGAGAGGAAGGUCCCGUCUUGGAAGUGGUAUGCUCUCGAAUGCGCUACAUUUCGUCCCAGAUCGAGAAGCAAAUCCGUAUCAUUGCUUUGUCUGCAUCUCUGUCGGAUGCAAGGGACGUUUCCCAGUGGUUGGGUUGUAAUGCGAAUGCUACCUUCAACUUCCAUCCGAGUGUUCGUCCGAUCCCAAUGGAGCUGCACGUGCAGGGAUUCAACAUAACCCACAAUGCUUCGAGGGUUGCAGCCAUGUCAAAGCCGGUUUACAAUGCGAUCACCAAGUUCAGCCCGCACAAACCGGUCAUUGUGUUUGUCUCGUCGCGAAAACUGGCUCGCCUGACGGCGAUCGAUAUUCUGACGUACUGCGCAGCGGAAGCUCAGCCCAACCGAUUCUUCCACGCUGAAGAGGAAGACAUCAAACCAUUCUUGGACCGAAUGGCCGAUAAGACGUUGAAGGAAACCCUCUCGCAGGGUGUUGCAUACAUUCACGAAGGUUUGACGCCUUCCGAUCACCGCAUUGUCGAACAGCUGUUCGACUCCGGGGCAGUGCAGAUUGCUGUCGUCACCCGAGACCUCUGCUGGGGAUUGAACAUCUCCGCGUACUUGGUGGUGAUCAUGGACACUCAGUUCUACAAUGGUAAGAGUCAUUCCUACGAUGAUUACCCGGUCACGGAUGUUAUGCAGAUGGUAGGUCGUGCCAACCGUCCGCUGGAAGAUGACGAUGCCAAGUGCGUCCUUAUGUGUCAGAGUUCCAAGAAGGACUUCUUUAAGAAAUUCCUCAACGAAAGUCUACCGGUGGAAAGCCAUCUGGAUCAUCGUUUGCACGAUCAUUUCAAUGCCGAGAUCGUCACGAAGACGAUCGAAAACAAGCAAGACGCCGUGGACUAUCUGACCUGGACGUUCCUGUACCGCCGGCUUACUCAGAAUCCGAAUUACUACAACCUUCAAGGCGUGACUCACCGUCACCUGUCGGAUCAUCUUUCGGAACUGGUCGAAACCACACUUUCCGAUCUGGAACAGUCCAAGUGUAUCAGCGUCGAAGACGAAAUGGAUACGCUGCCAUUGAAUCUGGGCAUGAUCGCUGCGUACUACUACAUCAACUACACAACGAUUGAAUUGUUCAGUUUGUCGUUGAACAGCAAGACCAAGAUCCGUGGAUUGUUGGAGAUCAUCUCGUCUGCGGCGGAGUACGAAGAUGUCGUGGUGAGGCACCACGAAGAUAACAUUCUGAGGAGUUUGGCCCAACGGUUGCCCAAUAAGCUGACCGGACCCAAUGGAACGGCUCCCAAGUACAACGACCCUCACAUCAAGACCAACCUGUUGCUGCAGGCGCAUCUGUCGCGUCUCCAGCUGGGUGCCGAGCUGCAAGGUGACACGGAACAGUCCUUGGGUAAAGCGAUCCGUCUCAUCCAAGCGUGUGUCGAUGUGCUCUCGUCCAACGGGUGGCUGUCGCCGGCCGUUGCUGCCAUGGAGCUGGCCCAGAUGGUCACCCAAGCGAUGUGGAGCAAGGAUUCCUACUUGAAGCAGCUACCCCACUUCAAUGCCGACAUCAUCAAGCGCUGCCAGGAAAAAAACAUCGAAACCGUGUUCGACAUCAUGGAGCUGGACGAUGACGAUCGGAUCCGAUUGCUGCAGCUCAACGAUCAGCAAAUGUCCGACGUGGCCAGGUUCUGCAAUCGUUACCCGAACAUCGAGAUGACCUUCGAGGUGGUCGAUAAGGACCGUAUCCAUUCCGGCUCAUCGGUCAAUGUGGUGGUCAACUUGGAGCGCGAGGAUGAUGUCACCGGACCGGUGAUUGCGCCGUUCUUCCCGCAGAAACGCGAGGAAGGCUGGUGGAUCGUAAUCGGCGAUCCGAAAACCAACUCGCUGCUGUCGAUCAAGCGGCUCACGCUGCAGCAGAAGGCCAAAUUCAAGCUGGACUUUGUCGCGCCCAGCCCGGGUCAUCACGAUUAUACGCUGUACUUCAUGAGCGACUCCUACCUGGGAUGCGAUCAGGAGUACAAGUUCAACAUCAACGUCGGCGACUUCCAGUCGGAGUCGGAAAGCGAAUCCGAUUAGGCCGGAAGAAGGAGGUAAA